CGGCUCGGGGGCUGCGGGCGCGGGGCGGGCGGCGCUGCUGCUGGCGGCGAACAUGGCCGGCGUUCCCGACGCCGCUGCCUCCGCCGCCGCGCCGAGCAGCAGCGGGGAUGGGCGGCGCGGUGGCAGCCCGGAGCAGCAGGAGAGCUGCCGGGAUGAGCCGAAAACUCUCAGGGGGAGCAGCGAGCCGUGGCCGCCCGCCCCCGGUCCGGGGCAGCUGUCUCCGCAACAGCGAGCGGAGACGCUGGGCUUCUACGAGAGCGACCGGGGCAGGAAGAAGAAGCGGAGCCUCUCGGAUCUCUCAUUGGUGAGGUUCAUCAGUGCUGAGCUAACGAGAGGCUACUUCCUUGAACACAAUGAAGCAAAAUACACAGAACGGAGAGAGAGAGUAUACACGUGCAUGCGAAUACCAAAAGAACUGGAAAAGUUGAUGUUUUUUGGAAUCUUUUUGUGCCUGGAUGCUUUUCUUUAUGUAUUCACCCUGCUUCCUUUGAGAGUUUUUCUGGCAAUGUUCCGGUUCAUCACUUUGCCUUGCUAUGGCUUACGUGAUAGACGUUUGCUACAACCUGCUCAGGUAUGUGACAUUCUCAAGGGAGUUAUAUUGGUCAUCUGCUACUUCAUGAUGCACUAUGUGGACUACUCUAUGAUGUACCAUCUGAUAAGGGGACAGUCUGUCAUAAAGCUCUACAUCAUCUACAACAUGCUUGAGGUGGCUGAUCGUCUGUUUUCUUCAUUUGGACAAGAUAUUUUGGAUGCCCUUUACUGGACAGCUACAGAACCCAAGGAAAGAAAAAGAGCUCACAUAGGUGUGAUUCCUCACUUCUUCAUGGCAGUGCUGUAUGUCUUCCUGCAUGCUAUUCUUAUAAUGGUUCAAGCAACAACCCUUAAUGUGGCCUUCAACUCCCACAAUAAAUCACUGCUUACCAUCAUGAUGUCCAAUAAUUUCGUUGAAAUAAAGGGAAGCGUUUUCAAGAAGUUUGAGAAGAACAAUCUUUUUCAGAUGUCAAAUAGCGACAUAAAGGAGAGGUUCACCAACUACGUGCUGCUGUUAAUUGUAUGUCUAAGAAAUAUGGAACAGUUCUCAUGGAAUCCAGAUCAUCUUUGGGUGUUAUUCCCAGAUGUUUGCAUGGUGGUUGCUUCAGAAAUUGCGGUGGAUAUUGUGAAACAUGCCUUUAUAACAAAAUUCAAUGACAUCACAGCUGAUGUCUACAGUGAAUACAGAGCCAGCCUUGCAUUUGACCUUGUUAGCAGUCGACAGAAAAACGCAUAUACAGAUUAUAGUGAUUCGGUUUCCAGAAGGAUGGGCUUCAUUCCUCUUCCACUGGCUGUUUUACUCAUCAGAGUCGUAACAAGCUCAAUAAAAGUACAGGGAGUCUUAGCUUAUGUUUGUGUUGUGCUGUUCUACUGUGGGUUAAUAUCUCUGAAAGUCCUUAACAGUAUUGUAUUGCUGGGGAAAUCAUGUCAAUAUGUGAAGGAGGCAAAAAUGGAAGAGAAAUUAUGCAAUCCUGUCCUGACUGCCACCCCAGGGAAGCCAGCUGGCAAACAGCAAAACACGUUUAAAUCUACCCAAGGAAAUUCCACAGAUGAAAAUGGAUCUGCAUCAGUUACCAGUCAACCUGUGCACCAGGAGAACUCGCCAUCUUUACUUGUAACAAGCAAUUCUGAUCAGUUUCUGACAACUCCUGAUGGAGAAGAAAAAGAUAUAAGCCAAGACAGUUCAGAAUUAAAACACAGGUCUGCAAAGAAAGACUUGCUGGAGAUAGACAGGUUUACUAUUUGUGGAAACAGAAUCGACUAAGAUUUUUUUAUUUUAAUCAAUGUGCUGAAGAUACUGAGCUGUGGGGACAGCAGAUGCUACCAGAAUGGACAGUUGCCAAAAAAGGCACAUAAAUAUUUAUUUAAGAACUUAAAUUAUUAAUGGCAAAAAAAAUUAAUUUCUUUCUACAAGUAACUUGACUUGGUAUCUGGUCAGGUCAAGUCAGUGAUCUUUAACUUGCCUCUUGGAAAAUGUGGUGGAUCGUGAGUUUCUAGCCUGGUGGCAGAGCUGCAAUAUCACUUUUCUGGAAAAUAGACUGGAAAAAAAGCAUAAGCCUGUUCUGCGUUAUGAAACCAUGCUUCCAGAACAUACUACUUGUCAUGAAGGUCCCUCCAGUGUAAGGAUAUUCCUGGAAAUGUAUGCAACUUGAGCAGGAGCUUGCCUUUCCAGUUACCUUGUUUUAUUAAACAUCUGCAAGCAGAAUCCGAAACUUGUGCUUAUAUCAACAAAUGCAUAAAAUGUUGGUACAUAAAAGAGUAAGUCAAGGUAGUUACUCCUGUCAACAGAAACCUUUUCAAGAUGUAUCUUGAAAAUCUUGUAAUCAGAAUAAAAUCUUGCCUUUAAAUGAAAGACUUACCGCAUACUAUUUUGUCCAAAUACUGAGCACCAAGGGAAGAUCACAGUAGUGAAGGUUCUGCUUAACUGGGCAAAUAUGAAGCAUAUUCAUUUCUUGUGUUGUGUGUCCUGCAAGGCAAAUUAUUUAUCAAAUUAUUUUGAAAAUCUGAGGAUUUUUUUGUUGCUGUAGGAAAAAGUAACAAAGGGGCACUUGUAUAUUUUGAGGAAAGGCAGUGUUAAUGGCAGCAAGUGUCAUGUUGGAACCGUAUGUAUGGCAUUAACACAGCAAAAAAGAAUAUUGCACUGCAUUUUGGGUUUAACUCUGAUAAGAGUGACAUCUGUGUAUUAACAUGCCUGAGAACAUGCUAUAAAAGCACAUACUGACAAUCAGAUCAGAAUGAUCCAUUGUAAUUGAUUUGGUUUAGCCACACUUAAGUAGAUAGACUAGAUCUAUAAAAAAGCUUUCAAGCAUUACAAUGCAUGUAAUUUUCUGGUGUGAAAUGCAGUUGUGGGAGAAUUGAUGAAAGAUGGUUUAGAAUCCUCAGACCAAGAAUGGAAUGAAUUUGAGCUCAAAAUUUAGGCUGGAGACUUGUAUCAAAAGACACCCUGUAGUUAAUGAUAAAUUGUUGUAAAACACCGCAUUAAUUUCAAAUGCCUUUCGGCUAUUUAAGUAGACACUUGGUUCUCUUUCCAAGGGAAGGUAUCAUAAAAGUACUUCAGUGCCGAACAAAUGAAGACAGAAUUUGCUCUUUGCUAAUUUCAUAAUUUGUCAGAGUGGGAAAGCCAAAGUUUAUUUGCUUUAUGAACAUGUGAAAGUCUAAUGUAUAUGCUGAUCCCUGAAACUUGCAGGACUACAGUAAUAUAGCAAAUGGAGACAGCUGAACAGAGUUAUCAUGUAUCUGAGCAGACUCGGUAAUGAGAUUUGCCAUACCAGGUUAGCAUGCUCUGCUCUAGUGGGAACUUCUUGCUGCAGUCUUUCAGCCCCUCCUCUCCCAUCAAGAGUAGCUGGAGGCAUGGCCAAAAUCUGUGGUUACUGUUCAGGGAUGAGAGUAAAAAGAAGAGGACUUGUGCUGGGGAAAAAUCUGAAACUCUUGAACUUUUGAUGUAUUUUAUACUAAUUGGAGAUGUUCACACAUUGAAAUUCAGAUUAUCUGUCAAUUUGGUGUAUCAUUUUUGAAUUAUUUAGCAGAUGCUAAAGAAAGCUUGGAUUUGCUUUCAUUUUUUUCUUUUGAAUGACAUUCUGUAUCAAUUUUAUAUGUGCAUCUUGUGUGAAACUCAAUAAAAUUCAAUUUUGUAAUAUUUGUUUAAAAAAAGGACAA